AUGCACAUGUGGGGUCACGGGUCGCAGUACCGCCGCGGCCCGGACUCUCUCCGCAGCGCGCAGCCGGCGGCGAUGCUCCGGCUGCCGUGCUUCUGCUGCGCGCCGGGGUGCCGGAACCACGUGGACCACCCGCGGGCGCGGCCGCUCAAGGACUUCCGGACCUUGCAGACGCACUACCGGCGCCGGCAUUGCGCCAGGCCCUUCCUCUGCCGCCGCUGCGGCAAGGCCCUCGCCGUGCGCGGGGAUUGGCGCACGCACGAGAAGAACUGCGGCCGCCGGUGGCGCUGCGCCUGCGGCUCCGACUUCAAGCACAAGCGCUCCCUCAAGGACCACGUCCGCGCCUUCGGGCGCGGCCAUGUCGAGCAAGCAUCCGCCGCCGCCGUCUCCCCCAUAACAGCCAUUGUGUAGCCGGCGAUCAGAUGUAGCGCGCAGGAGCUUCCCAGCUGCUGCUGCGGCUGCACGUACGACGUCUUUUUUUUUUUAGUUGAUUCGUUGUGCUGUGGUCAUGCAUCAUCUGUGAAUGUGUAUUUAUGAGCUAAACUGUUAAUAUAUAUGUAUCGACGACCUCAUCAUCUGGUGCUU